UUUAAGACAGUUAAAUUUCCUUUUAGGCCCUUGGAAGGAUACUGCUCCAAAUACUUGGUUUGCAACUUAAAUGGAAAAUUUGAAGAAAGGCGUUGCGCGAAUGGUAUGACCUUCGACAGUGUGAAGAAAGUGUGUUCUCCGGACGCGCAGUGUCAGAAGUACGAGCCGGUGGUCAACCAAUGCGAUCGUUUUAAAGUAAACGGCCGAUUGGGAAAGUGCCGAAUGGGUGACAGAUUUGACUAUUUCAAACUGGAGUGCGUGGACUACGCUAUGGCCCACUGCCUGAAGACUUGCCUAAACGGAACCAGGAAACACCACAAUGACGACUGCAGCAAAUACUACGACUGCGUUAAGGGCGAGUUCGUGGAGAGGUCGUGCGGAUGGCUGCAGAAGUUCGACUCGGCAAGUCAAAAGUGCGCUUAUUUCCGGUAUAAAUGUAAAUACGCGCCGGCCGACUGCCAAAACGGCUUUAAAAAACGUGGCAGCGACUGCCGGUCCUACUUGGAAUGCUCGGACAAACAUUUCGAAGCAAAAUCUUGCUCUUUUUUCAAGUACUUCAAUACGAGCACUUCUUCUUGCGACUGGUUCUGGAGGGUGUCUUGCGAAAAACGCUUAUUCAACGUUUUGGCCCUGACGUCUUGCUCAGAAGGCGAAAAGGAGUCGGUGCCCGGCACCUGCAGAUUGUACCGAGAAUGCGUCGAAGGAAAAUGGGAAGACAAAAUGUGCUCUCCCUGUCAGAAUUUUAACGGAGAGAUGAAAACGUGCGACUACGUGUGGAAGAACCCUUGUGCAAAGGACGUCACGGAUCCGACACCGCCGACUGCAGAACUGCCCGGUUCAUUACCGACGGGGGAUCCUUUUUCACCGACGACUCCAGCACCUAAAGUGUGCGCUGAAGGUGCUGUAAAGCCGCUUAAAGACAACUGCAAAGCUUACGACCUUUGCAAAAACAACGAAUGGGUCGUUACCAAAUGCUGGUUUUGGCAAAAAUUCGACGUACCUUCGAAUACAUGCGUCGUCUCGUACAAGGCGAAAUGCCCUACGCCUUCCAGUUACUGAAAAUUGUUAAUAAAUAAUUUAUUUAUAAGCUGCUAAUUAUCAUUUACGUAUCAAUUAUCGUUAUACCAACAAUUACUGUAACUCUUUUGCAAGUUUACAAUCCAUUCUGACAAUGCUCAUUUGUACAUUAAGAAAUGAUAUAUUUAAUUUUGAACGUUCUACUGUUAAAUUAAAUCUUCACUUGUUCAAGUUAAUGACGCUGCUCCUAGUUUUAUUAAUUAAUAGAUAUUGACCAAUUUCUAAAUAAGGAAAUCAAUUCUAAGAUCAAUCAAUGCCAACAGUUUUAUGAUUCAUAUUGAUAGUAAAAUACCAAAAACAUAACAUUUCAAAAUCACUUCCUGUUUUAAAGCAAGAACAUGCAUAAGAAUAUUUACCGUAAAAGUUCUGCUAGGAAGAG